GAUGUCGCUCAAACCGCGAAGAAUAGUGUUCGAAGAGGUCUGGACAGAUCUGCGGGAAACGGUACAGCAGGUGAUCACACUCCAGGGCAUCAAGAACAAAGUGUGGAACAAUCGAUUCGUUGAUGUGUACGAAAUAUGCGUUGCACACCCGGAACCGUUGGCGGAUCGGUUGUACCUCGAGACGAAAACGUUCCUCGAAAACCAUGUCCAAACGCUGCUGGAAAAGCGUGUCCUUGUGGCGGAUAGUCCGAACACUGCCAACGAUGAAUCCACUGCCGGACCGUCAUCGUCUGGUUCGGGAUCGUAUCUGCUGCUGGAGCGGUAUUACGAUGCAUGGAUCGAAUAUAGCCGUGGUUCGGAUUACUUAAAUAAACUUUAUAAUUACCUUAACCAACAGCACAUUAAGAAACAGAAGUUAAACGAAGCGGAAGCUGUGUAUGGAUGUAACAAUCAUGGCGAUAGUCAGGAAAAGAUGGAAAUUGGUGAGCUGACGCUCGAGAUCUGGAACCAGUAUAUGAUACAGCGUCUCGGUAAUGAGCUGGUCGAUCAGAUACUGAGCGGAAUCAAUGCGGAACGGGCAAACAAUUCCGGUGGACAGUAUAACAACAAAAAUACCAAGUUUAUCCGAGGUGUGAUACAGAGCUUUGUCGCUGUGCAGGCUGAUCGUCGUAAGGGAUCGCUCAAGCUAUACCAGGAACUGUUUGAGGCACGCAUGUUGGAAGAGAGUGGCCAAAACUUCCGCAUCGUUGCUAGUGAUUUGCUGCAGGUUUGUAGCGUUAGUCAGUACAUGGAGCGGAUAAUCAAAAAGUUUGAAGAGGAGGAAAAGUUGGCUAAAAUUUAUCUACAUGAAAGUUCGCUUCCCAAGCUGCGCAAGGUGUGCGAGGAAGAGAUGGUGACCAAACAUAUAAAUUUCCUGUACUCCGAGUGCAAGGAGAUGGUGGCGGAUGAGAAAAGCACUGAUUUGAGAAAUCUCUACAUUCUGCUCAAACCGGUAACGGACGGUUUGAAGCGGUUGAUCGAGGUGUUCCUGGAGCACAUCAAGGAGCAAGGCAAGAAGACAAUUUCGUGCAUGAAAGGUGAUUCGGUGCACAUACAGUUCGUGGAAAACAUGCUGGACGUCCACCGGAAGUACGAAGAACUGAUACACACGACGUUCAAAUCGGACCCGCUGUUUUUGGGCGCACUCGAUAAGGCGUGCGCUCGGAUCAUCAACGAGAAGCACAGCAACAAUCAGGUAUGCCGCAGUGCUGAGCUGGUUGCCAAAUACUGUGAUAGCUUGCUGAAGAAAUCGAAAACAACCGAGGGCGAAAUCGACCAGAAGCUGACCCGCAGCAUCAUCAUCUUCAAGUACAUCGAGGAUAAGGAUGUGUAUCAGAAGUUUUACAGCCGCAUGUUGGCCAAACGGCUAAUACACGAGCAGUCGCAAAGCAUGGAUGCUGAAGAGUUGAUGAUCAACAAGCUGAAGCAAGCUUGCGGUUACGAGUUUACCAACAAGCUGCACCGCAUGUUCACCGACAUUUCGGUAUCGAUAGAUUUGAAUGCAAAGUUUAGCAAAUAUUUGAAUGACAACAAUCACGAGACUGGUAUCAACUUUUCCGUCAAAGUGCUGCAGGCUGGUGCGUGGCCGCUGGGACCAACGCAAGUCGUCGCAUCGUUUGCCAUACCGCAGGAGUUUGAAAAAUCCAUCCGCCUAUUUGAAGAGUUUUACCAUAUCAACUUUAGCGGCCGCAAGCUGACCUGGCUGCAUCAUCUGUGCCACGGCGAGAUGAAGCUGUCGUUCGAAAAGCGCAACUACAUCGUCACGAUGCAGACGUACCAGAUGGCUAUACUGCUGAUGUUCGAAACCACGGACAAGUACACGUGCAAGGAGCUGCAAACAUCGCUGCAGCUGCAGCAGGAAAUAUUCCAACGGCACCUGCAAAGCUUGGUGGAGGCCAAAAUUUUGCUACUUAGCGAAGAGAAAAUGAAUGACGAUACGGAGGUUAGCAUCAACGUGAAUUAUAACAACAAGCGUACUAAAUUUAAAAUUACCACUAACCUGCAGAAGGAAACACCGCAAGAGGUGGAGCACACGAUGAAUGCCGUAGACGAAGAUCGAAAGAUGUAUUUGCAGGCGGCGAUCGUUCGCAUCAUGAAGUCUCGAAAAGUGCUGCGACACAAUACCCUUAUACAGGAGAUCCUAUCCCAGUCAAAGGUUAGCUUUGCACCGAACGUGUCCAUGAUUAAAAAGUGCAUCGAGUCACUUAUCGACAAGCAGUACAUCGAACGAACGCCCAAUUCCGGCGAUGAGUAUAGUUACGUGGCAUAAGGUGGUG